UUGGGGUAUAUGGGUGCACCGGUGCAUGGCAAUGCGACGGUUACAGAUCUACUCGUCCAUCUUUACAUUGAUCUAUAUGAAUCCCCAAAACUUAAGGAAGGGAAAUACAAUAUCUCUAGAUCCAUCUUCUCUUGGGAUGCGAUGGCAAUUUUAAACUGGAACUUUGUCCCAGUUUUCACCACAUAUUUGGCUUGAACUUAGUCGGAUGGACGGAGAUUGGCCCUCAAGUGCAAAGGCAGAAGAGAGCUUGAGUGCAAAACCCACCCGUUGAGCAGGAAUGAAAGUCGGUCUUAGUGAUCCGACUGUGCCGAGUGGAAGGGUCAUUGCUUAAUGGACAAAAGUUAUUCUAAGGAUAACAGGCUGAUCUUUAGCAAAAGUUCACAUCAAGAGAAAGGUUUGGCACCUCCUUGUUCGCCCUCGGCCCUUUCCUCCUGGACAUUUACUAGCUUGUCUAAGUCUACCGGUCCUGCCAUUGGCCUCCUGUGACGGUUCUCUCUGAAAUUGAUGACUUCCGUCAUAAAAGCACGGGCAAGAACCCAUCUGCAUGAUGAUGGCCGUCGAUCAUAAGGAGCCAACGGUGUGGAUGUAGAGAUCAAGUCGCCGUUGGUUUUAGCAGAUCCACCUGAUAGCAUGCUGCACCACCAUCCCCACAGCUUCCUCUCACCUUCAUUAAGAUCCCCACCUGACUUCUCUUCCUCCCUUGUUUGAACCCUCCUGAAAAUUAACGUCCUCUGCACCCACCUGCCUCACGAACCAUACUUAUAAGAACUCCCCUUGCUCCACUGCGGUAGAGAAACUAGCAGAAGUUUUCUUCCUCUGUCAUGGCGGUCAUUGUUGACCUGUCUCUCACCACACUCGCUUCCUUUCUUCUGCUUCUCUCCACCACCGUGUUUAUGGUUCUGCAACGGCUGUCUCACAGGAGGCAGCCGAGGCUUCCACCGGGGCCUACCGGAUGGCCGGUGGUCGGCAACCUGCUGCAGAUAGCCCGGGCCGGCCGGCCGUUCAUGGACACUGUGAAGGAGCUGCACCGGUUGUACGGCCCAAUCUUCACCCUCCGAAUGGGCAGCCGCACCCUGGUGGUGGUCUGCUCCGCAAAGCUCGCCCAUGAGGCCCUCAUCCAGAAGGGCCAGUCAUUCGCCAGCCGUCCCCGCGAGUACCCCACCAAGUCUGUCUUCAGCUGCAACAAGUUCACCGUCAACUCCGCCCUCUACGGGCCCGUCUGGCGCUCCCUCCGCCGGAACCUCGUUUCCGAGAUGCUCUCCCCCAGCCGCGUCAAGGAGUUCCGUCCCGUCCGCAACAGGUCCCUCGACCAGCUGGUCGACCGCCUCCGUCGUCAGGCCGCUGGGAACCCCGACUCACUCGUCUCCGUCCUCGCCAACGCCCGGUUCACCGUCUUCUGCAUCCUCCUUUCCAUGUGCUUCGGCCUCGAUCUCCCCGAGUCCGACAUCGUCCGCGUCGAUGACGUGCUCAAGCGAGUCCUCUUCGCGAUUGAGCCGCGGCUCGACGACUUCAUGCCGCUGCUCCGGCCCUUCUUCGCCGCACGCCGGAGGGAGGCCAUGAAGGUCAGGCGCGAGCAGCUUGCUGUCAUCCUCCCCAUGGUUCAAAAGCGUCGGCAGAUACACGCCGAAAAGUCAUCAUCUUUGUCGCCAGAGAAGCGGAACGUCGUUGCCUACGUGGAUACGCUGUUCGAGUUGCAGGUCGAGGGACGGAAGGAAGCGCCGAAUGACGAACAGCUCGUCACUCUGUGCUCCGAGUUCGUCAACGGCGGGACGGACACCACGGCAGCGGCCGUGGAGUGGGCGGUGAUCCACCUCGUGGCAGACCAGAAAGUGCAGGAGAAGGUGGCGGAGGACGUCUUCAGAGCAACGGGCGGAGGAAAGAGGGCGGUGGUGGAGGAGGACGUGGAAAAGAUGGACUACCUGAACGCCUUCGUGAAGGAAGUACUAAGGAAGCACCCACCUACGUACUUCCUGCUCACGCAUGCAGUAACGGAGGCCGCCACCCUCGGCGGCUACGACAUUCCGCCCGACGUCUCCGUCGAGUUUUACAGUCCGGCCGUGUCCGAGGACCCGAAGUUGUGGCGGUCGCCGGAGAAGUUCAUGCCGGAGAGGUUCCUGGGUGAGGAGGGCGCAGACAUGACUGGGGUGAAGGAAGUCAAGAUGAUGCCUUUUGGAGCGGGAAGGAGGAUAUGCCCAGGGCUAAGCCUUGGGACGCUGCACAUCAGCCUGUUGGUGGCGAGGAUGGUGCAGGAGUUCCAAUGGCUGCCUCCUCCUGGGUGCAACGAGGUGGAUAUGGCGGAGAAGUAUGCGUUCACUGUGGUGGCAAAGAACCCACUUCGGGCUGUGAUCAAGCCCAGAAGGGGAGGAGCAGAUUUGGUCUGGUGAUGGCUCGUGAGUCAAUGGGUUGAGUAUGUCUAAGAGAUGCCUGAACAAGUUUAGUACUUGGGAAGUGAUGGAAGAAACUAAAAUGUGAGAUUGUUUGUGGCAGUGUGCUUUUUUAGUUCUUGAGCCUUUUCUUUUUGCUGCUUUUUUUUGGGUCGCUUUGGUUCUGAUCUCACUGCUAAAUGAGAGAUUUGGAUGUUAACGCUGGUAAUUAUGAAACUUAGGCUUGUCUACAUUUUGCUUUAGUACAAGUGAAAUAGUAAAUAUAUAAUAAGAGAAAAUUAGUAUCUUGA